AUGAAGGAAGCCACUGGAUGCUGCGACGGGAGCUUUGGGGGAAGGUCGUCCGUCGUUCUCGGUCGGAGUGGCGGAAUCCAAGUCGUCUGCCUUGCGCUUCAACUGCUGCGGUUUGCGACCCCGAGAUCCAGUGUCGACCUUGGAGGCGAUGAGUUGCGAGCCCCAAGGCUGGUCGAGAAGGGUACUAUGCGGGAACGAUCCGAAACGGGUCGUCUGUCUUUGUUUUCCCCUCUGUUUAUCUAUUCCAGGUCCAUGGCCACCGCGCGCCAGCAGCCGCCCUGGCGGCAGCCGAACACUGGUUCCAACCUGCCUCCCUUGAAGGUCUACAACUCCUUGACGCGAUCCAAGAACCAGUUUGUUCCAAUUGAUCCCGAGGGAAAGAAAGUCACCUGGUACGCCUGUGGGCCGACUGUGUACGACGAUGCGCAUUUGGGCCAUGCUCGAAACUAUGUCAGCACCGAUAUCAUUCGCCGUAUCAUGCGCGACUACUUCAAAUUCGAUGUCAACUUUGUGAUGAAUAUUACGGAUGUGGAUGAUAAGAUUAUUCUCCGAGCACGUCAGCAGCAUCUCUUCACCGAAUUUGCAUCCAGUCACCCUACGAUCAACGCGGAGGUUUUGGACGUCGCCAAGAAAGCAUACACGGCAUACCUGAAGAAGAACCUAUCGUUGUUGGACCCUGAUCUUCCUCCAGCCCAGUACAAGGAUGCCGUGGAGAAGACCUACGCAGUCGUGCUUAACGGUGGAGCCCUACCGGGUAAUGAGAAGGCGGGCGAUGAUGAAGCGAAGGUGAAGAUGCACAUCAAGACCGCGGCCUCGGCGGCGAAUGUGAUUGCGCAGGCCGAAGGCUCGGCAGCGGAAGCAACAGGCUUUGCGGAGACGUUCUACACAGACGCUCAGGACCUUCUCCUGCCGUACCUCGAUUCGCUUAAGGGAUCUUCGAUCGAUGCCGACGACCACGGAAUCUUCACCAAGUUGACGAAGAAAUACGAGGAGCGGUUUUUGAGAGAUAUGCGAGAUCUUAAUGUUCUCGACCCCGAUGAGUUGACCAGAGUGACCGAAUACGGAACGGAGAUCGCCAACUUUGUGGAGAAGAUCGUCGAAAACAAGUUCGGCUACGUUACCGACGAUGGAUCUGUCUACUUUGACAUUAGCGCUUUCGAGGCCGCCGGAUACCCCUACGCACGACUCGAACCCUGGAGCCGAUCUGAUAACAAACUGCUCGCAGAAGGUGAGGGCUCCCUCGCCAGUAAGACCACCGACAAGCGUUCCAAAUCCGACUUUGCACUGUGGAAGUCCUCGAAGCCAGGUGAGCCAAGCUGGUCGAGCUCUUGGGGCAAGGGACGACCAGGAUGGCACAUUGAGUGCUCUGCUAUGGCAUCUGCUAGACUGGGCCAGCAGAUGGAUAUCCACUCUGGUGGAAUUGACUUGGCUUUCCCUCACCACGAUAACGAACUCGCUCAAAGUGAAGCAUACUGGGCUCACGUUCACAAUCAUGACCAUGCUCAUUCUCACGACCAGUGGGUUAACUACUUCUUGCACAUGGGCCAUUUGUCUAUUCAGGGAUCCAAGAUGUCAAAGUCUUUGAAGAACUUCACCACCGUUCGCGAGGCGUUGGAGAGGAAGGAGUGGACACCACGCAGCCUGCGUAUUGUGUUCUUGCUUGGUGGCUGGAAAGACGGUGUUGAGAUCACAGAGGAUCUCGUCAACGCCGGAAACUCUUGGGAAGACAAGGUCAACAACUUUUUCAUCAAGGUGAAGGAUCCCGCCGCCCUGCAAGGUUCUGGUGCGGACAGCUCUCUUGGUGCUGCUUUGGAGGCAGCCAAGAACACUGUUCAUGAAAACCUUUGCGACUCAUUCAACACAUCGGGUGCAAUGUACACCAUCUCGGAUCUUAUUUCCAAGUACAACAGCGCCGAUAAAUCGACGCUGAACCCGAAGGAUGUCGAGGCUACUGCUCAGUUUGUGACCUCAAUUGUCAACACCUUCGGUCUCAAUGGCACUGCCACUGCAGACAGCAAGGAGAUUGGCUGGUCCGGUAUUGAUAUCCCGGAAGAGGCUAGAGCCUUCUUGUACCCCCUUUCUACCAUCCGUGAUUCCCUCCGCCAAGCUGCUCGGUCAUCGACUGGAGUUUCUUCCGAAGAGGUCGCCAAGAUCAUCGCAAGCGGGUCUGCGCCAGAGGAAGUUCCGGAGUCUGCUAAGCCGUAUGCCACUGUUUUGUCGGACUUCCGCACCAAGGUGACCUCCCUUGACCAGUCCGACAACAUCGGCAAGGAGAUUCUGUCACUCUGUGACAAGGUGCGAGACAUUGACCUGUUUGAUGUCGGUAUCUACCUCGAGGACCGUGACAGCCAGCCCGCCCUUAUCCGCCCUGUGACCCGAGAACUGAUCCAGGCCCGGGAAGAAAAGGCCGCGAAGGCACUCCAAAAGCAGGCCGAAAAGGAGAAGAAGGAAAGAGAAGCCUUGGAGAGGCUGGAGAAGGGCAAACUGAGCCAUCUGGAAAUGUUCCGGACAAACGAAUACAGCGCGUGGGACCAGGACGGUCUUCCCACCCGCGAUGCGGCUGGCGAGGAGAUCGCCAAGAGCCGAUCGAAGAAGAUCCGCAAGGACUGGGAGAGACAAAAGAAGCUCCACGAGACUUGGUUGGCCAGUCAGAAAUAG